AUGGCUGAUAGCAGUCUUUCUUCUUCACCUGCAAUGGAAAUUGUCUCUCCUUACAUUCCCAGACAGUGUCGGCGAUCUCAGAGAAUUGAUUACCAUCUCUUGAACGAUGGAAGUGACGAUGAAGCGCCAACAAAAGACCGCAUCUUUAAGAGACGUCGUUUGGGAACCCUGGAGCCCAUAACACCGGAUGAUUCAGCGAGCCAAUUGGAUCAAGCCCGAAGCUCCCCAGUGGAAUCGCUUCAGCAGACGGAGUUUCCUGUCUGCGGAUGGUCUGAGAUAUCUCAGCGCUCUACACUAUCAACUCGCGGCAGACCGCAGAAUGACUCGCCGUUGGCGCAAUUUAUCAUGUCUCCACUCCCGGGCAAAUUCUGGUCACGGAAAAGGAGCAAGAGACCAGCCGAGGACCGAAAAAUUCAAUGCAGAAGAUGUAACUGGCAAACUUCCGAUUCUGCGAGAGCAACUUCGACUUCCAACAUGAAGGAUCAUAUUGCUAAACAUGGGAUUUUCCUCCACGGCACUGAUGGUGCUGAGGAUGGUGGCAUAAAGCAGCAAUCCAUAUUGGGAUGCACUCUGUGGUAUCCCGCCUUCGAAUCAUGA